AUGGUUGCCGAGUUCUUUAAUGUCACUUGGAGUAGCUUGUCCUUCGCAAUCAUUUGGGAGUGUGUCUCUUUCACGGCCACCUACCCUGCCUUAUCGGAGCUAUCGAUCUAUCAUUGCAGGUUUCAGAAGUACGAGUCCAUGUUCUUGCGCACUUUGGUUCGUGCGGACAUGGAAGUAUACCGUGUAAUUCCCUCUCGAAUAGCUCCCGAUCCACUCGCCUGGAUAGUUUCGCCUUUCUCAGGAUCUAACUUCACCGCCUUCCCGUUGGUGCAUCGGCAUGGACCCUGCUCCCCCUUCGACGACAAGAAACUGCUAUCGCUAGAAGAGAUUCUUCUGAAAGACCAACUUAGAGUCAACUAUCUCCGGCGAAGUGCCUUGAAGUCUUCCGCCAAGCCACAGGUCGAUGAUUCCAAGGCAAGCAUCCCCGCGGAGUACGGAGGAGGGGAGUACGUGAUCACAGUCGGCUAUGGCACCCCCAGCCGAGAGCAGACUGUGACGAUGGACACCGGGAGCGACCUGAGUUGGAUCCAAUGCAAACCAUGCUCCGCGUGCUACUCGCAGCAGGAGCCGAUCUUUGACCCAUCCCAAUCAUCCUCCUACACCGCGAUCCCUUGCAACUCGCAGGACUGCAGUCAGCUCCGAAGCAGCUGCUCCAGCUCUUGCGCUUAUGGCAUCACCUACGGCGAUGGGUCGACCACUUCAGGAGUCUACAGCUACGACAGACUGACGCUGUCGCCAAACGACGUGAUCGAGGACUUCCUCUUCGGGUGCGGCACCGACAACGAAGGGCUGUUCCAAGACACCGCAGGGCUCGUGGGUCUCGGCCGCGGCAAGCGCUCUCUGGUGUCCCAAACGUCGCAAGUUUACCACUCGGUCUUCUCCUACUGCCUUCCUUCGACUCCCAGCUCCACCGGGUUCCUGAAACUGGGCGAACCUGGUGAUGCCUCCAACACCGUUUACACUCGAAUGCAGACCAGCUCCAAUCAUCCAAGCUUUUACUUCGUUGACCUGAUCGGAAUCAGCGUCGGUGGGCAGCAACUGGCCAUUUCGCCAUCGGUUUUCUCGUCCCGUGGCACGAUCAUCGACUCCGGCACUACCAUCACUCGCCUCCCGGCGUCGGCCUACGGAGCCCUGAGGUCUGCGUUCCGGAGCUACAUGUCCCAGUACCCUGCUGCGCCUCCUACGCGAGUACUCGAUACCUGUUAUGACUUCAGCGGCUACGAGACCAUAUCAGUCCCCAAAGUAGCGCUGCACUUCGAUGGAGUCACACUGGAUCUCGACACAUCUGGGAUCCUCAGGCAUGGCUGCUUGGCUUUUGCUGGAUAUCAGGGCGGUAGCUUCGGAAUCAUUGGCAACGUGCAGCAGCAAACGUUUGAAGUGGUCUAUGAUCUAGGAAACGAGAGGAUUGGAUUUGUGCCGCAGGCUUGCAGCUGAUUGAUUCACCACGCAACCACCUGCUCUUUGUUUUCUGCUUCAAUAAGAACAAUGGGUGACAAAACGAAGACACCCGUAGUCAGUAUGUUCACAUAGUAUAGAUUCUGUUCCUCCGAAUCUAUUAUCAGUAUGUCUGUCUCUUUUGUCCGUAAAGUUGAAUUUGGCAGUCAUUCUUCA